AUGGCCAGAGUGAUGGAGAAGACCAAGAAGGAGGCUGAACGACAGCAAAGUCAGCCUACUAGGAGUGAGGGACCAUCUAGGUCUCGUGGUGGAGUUAGUGCUAAGAGGGCCCCAUACUCUAGACCAUCACUUUCUUCUGGGUCUAGGGGUUCAUCCUCCCAACCAUCAGUGCAGUCAGGACCACCUAGGUCAUUUGGCAUAGUUAGGUGCUUCGCGUGUGGAGGACCUCAUUACAGGAACAACUGCCCUCAUGUGAAUGUUGCAAGGAAGUGUUUCAGGUGCGGGAAAGAGGGGCACUUUGCUGUUGAGUGCACCUCUAUUAUAGGGACAGGACCUCAGGCACAAAGGACUGGUUCAUCUCAGCCUAGGGGAGGUGGUAGACCUCAGGCGACAGACAGAGUAUAUGCCAUGACAGGAUUAGAGGCAGUCAGCUCAGGUAACCUCAUCAUCAGCUAUUGCUUGCUUUUUGGAGUGCCUUGUGUGGUAUUAUUUGAUUCGGGGGCAACACACUCCUUCAUAUCGGAGGCAUGUGUUGAAAAGUUGGGUUUAGAAGUAGAAGAGUUGAACCUUGAUUUGGUGGUGUCUACUCCAACAUCGGGGGGGCGUCAGUUCAAGGUAAAUCUCAUUUGUUUACCUUUGCAAGGGCUAGUGGUGAUCUUAGGAAUGAAUUGGUUAUUCGUCAAUCGCAUUCUUAUCGAUUGUGGUAACAAGGAGCUGAUAUUUUCGAAAUUAGAUGAAGACAUGUCCUUGUCACUCGGUGUGCUAAGAAAGGAUAUUAUAGAAGGCGCUAGUUGCUUCUUGAUAAUGACGCAUAUGGAAGUGACUCAGGAACCAGGCUCAUCGGUUUUAGAGACUCAGGGUGUGAACCUCGCUAUAGUGAGCGACUUCUUGGAUGUUUUCCCUGAAGAAGUUCUAGGUUUACCCCCUCCACGUGAAGUGGAGUUCUCUAUUGACUUGGUCUCANGAGCAGGACCAAUUUCUAUAACUCCUUAUAGGAUGGCUCCGGCGGAAUUGGCAGAGUUAAAGAAGCAAAUUAAGGAGCUAUUAGAGAAACAAUUUAUCCGGCCUAGUGCCAUCACCUUGGGAAGCGCCAGUAUUACUUGUGAAGAAGAAAGAUGGUAG